GAGGUGCCGAUAUAGCCAGGCCAGCAACGCCCUUCGCCGCAGUCACUCUCGGACACCCUCUUGGAUAGCACUUUCGUCUCCGCCGUCGCCGCCUUCGCCUGGCCGUCCCAACACUUCGAAGAACAUGAAUCCUUACGGGCCGCUGCUGAGCCCCCUGGCGCCCCAGCAGACCAUCCAGAACCCCCUCCUGCUGCCCAGUUUCCUGGUGUCCAUCAGACCGACUCGAACGGCGUCCCCGGUGCUGCUCUCGGACGACCUGCGCGCGUCGGUGGAGGCCAACCGGGAAGCCAUUAGCGAGCUGAAGAGCAUCGUCUCGAAGUUGCUGGACUGCCAUUCAGGUUGCAACCUCGGGCACGACGAUGACGGUGGUCUGUACGCGUUUCGGGCUCCUCCUGUAGAAAUUGCUCCUCCUCCACCUGGACCCAGCGCAUUGCAUCUCGCCCCUACACCUGAAAUUGUUCCUCCUCCACCUGGACCUCCCGGCUCGAUGCAUCUCGCCGCUACACCUGGAGAAUUCCCAUGGUUGGUAAGCCUACAAGUCACAAACUUCGAGAAAGUGUACGUGCAUCUGUGUGGCGGAACCCUGAUCGCUCCAGCCUGGGUCCUCACAGCUGCACAUUGUCUAGAUAGCGAAAGAAUCCAAGAACUAGUGGUGGUGUUGGGUGAGCACGAUAUGGACAAGGAAGAAGGCACCGAGCAAAAGGUCACGGUUAAGGAGGUCAUUAAACACCCGAAUUACACCCAUUGGAACCGACCUAUGGACAAUGACAUCGCCCUGAUACACCUGUCGGAGGCGGUGAAGGUGCGGGAGGUCGUGUCCUUCGCUGAGCUUCCCUCCAACGUCUUCGAAAUCUCGACCGGUCUGUGUCGCGAAGGAGGCUGGGGCGCUACUGACGAAGGCACCCCAGGCCCCAACGUCGUCAAAAUCAGCGAAGUUCCCUUGUUGGAGAAGGAGAAGUGCAAGGGAGCCUACAACGCUAGCUUAGGGGACAACGUGAUCUGUGCCGGAGAGAAGGGCAUUGGGGCGUGUGUGGGUGAUAACGGCGGACCCCUGAUGUGCCACACCCCAGAAGGAGAGGUCAUAUCAGGUGUCAUGUCAUGGCGUGAGGGUUGUGCACUGCCUGGGAAGCCUGCAGUUUACAUGGACGUUUCCAAAUACAUCCCAUGGAUCAACCACGUCAUGAGAGCAUAGUUUUAUUACAAGAACAAUAUAGUUAAGCAUAUUUUUUAGUCAUUAAAAAAAAUGGUUAUUUCAGAUUUAGUAUUAUACAAACACCCUUAUUUCUUUUUUCAGUGAUUAUUUAUUUUUUGGCUUUAUAGUAAUAGGGAUUUUGUCAAUCAACCUCCAUAUUAACUAAUUUAAUCAGUCUCUGUAAAAUAUAUCCGCAAAAUAGGUAUUGCUCACAAAGCUCAUCACUGCCUCCCAGUAUAAAGAUGUGAAUGUUUGAAAUAAACUGAACGAAAUUAA